CGCGCAUCGAUAAUGGCUACGGAGAUCGUACAAUGACCGUGUGUGCGUCUGUGUUUAGCUGAUAAUCUCUUUUUUUUUUUGCAAAUUUUUCGAGAAUUCAGCUAAGAAAAUUAGAAAAAUUAUCAACAUUAGUGAAAGUGCAAUAAAAGUGAUUGUGUUGGAGAAGAUUUUAUUUAUCUGCUUCUGUCUCCAAGUGCAAAACGAAGCUCAAAAUGCCACUGGAAAAUCAUUCAGCUUUGACGCCACUUGAAGACAUGUCAAGUGGAAGAGGUCAAGCUGGUGGAGGGCCUCCUCAAAAUUGUCAAAAGGUAUUCAUCCAACGAGAUUAUACUGAUGGUACAAAUGUCAAAUUUCAAACUCGAUUUCCACCGGAUUUAGAAGACAGAAUAGACAGACAGGCAUUCGAGUAUACGAUCAAGCAAUUAAAUAAUUAUUUUGUAGAAGCUGAACGUGCCAGUUGUUCAACAUAUUGCGAGAGUUGUCUUGCAUGCCUCACGGGUUAUUUAAUCUACAUAUGCACUGAGACACAUUAUGAGAAGUGUUUAAGAAAAAUAGCAAAAUUUGUGAGUGAACAAAAUGAUCGUGUUUACAGGCCACGCGGUCUAUUAUUGACAGAUCCAACGACACGGGGCCUUAGAUUAAUAGAGAUUUCAAUCUUAGACAGGCCUGCGUCGUGACUGCAUGUCAGCCGAUCCACUGAGUUUUUCAUGUGACCCAUAUAAAUACAUAUUUUUUUCUGCCAUUUUGACAGAAUACAUAUAACAAAACAAAAACAAAAAAAAAAGAAAAUCUUUUAUUCAUUCUCUUCAUCCAGAGAGUCGUGAACUAUUGUGAUUAAUAUUGUACACUUGUCGUCCCGACAGAGACUUUGCACGAUAUCGAUUUUUAUUUAACAUUUUAAUAAAUAGCUUCUGAAUGAUUUCCUACAAUUUUCACUGGCCUCGAGAAAUUUUUUUCUCUUUAAAUAUUCUUGAGAAAAUUUUUUUUGAAUUAAUUCUUUAUGGGCAAUUUAUUUGUUUCCUCCUAAGCAGCUUUUAGAAUAUAAAAAUCAUUCUCAAGAAUUUAUUAAAUCGUGCAAAGUGUUUCCAAAGACUGACAAGUAUCACUGAUUUCAUUUUUAUAUACAGACUUGUACUGACGUUUUUCAAAUAUAUAUAUAUAUAUAUUUUUUUUUUUUUUUUGUUUUCAAAGAAAAAAAGCGUCUACACUGAAAAACGUUCCGAGCUUCACGAGUAUUUAAGUAUCCUUCCGCAUCGUAUCUUCCAUUGUUCUGUGUAUAAUGUACGGUACGAGUGGGUGCACGACAUAAUUUUUUUUUUCGUCCAAGAUUGUUAAGAUUGUGGAAUAGCAAUCGCUCGUGUCUCUAAGACUUGAAUAGUGAUUUUUUUAGCUGCGUUUUUCACGAGAGUGAGACUCGCGUUAAUAUGGUGGAUUGGCUGUUUUGAUUUAAAGAAAAAAGAAAGAGUUUUGAAAGAUCUAAAUUUAGUCAGGGAGAAAGGCUAUAUCAUCCGCAAAAUGAGCGAAAGAAUUUAUAUAUUGUUUUUUUUUUUUAUUUUGUUUUCAAGGGUUUUGCAAUUUAGAGGUUUAUUUUAUUUAAAAAAAAGGUGUAAAACUUAUAUAUAUAUAUUUAAAACACAUUAUGUGUACCGAUCUACUUACUUUUACUGAUCGCUGAAAAUUCAGAUUAUUGCCAUUUUCUUCUCUUACCUUGUUGGAAGAAAUUUUAAUUUAAAAAAGAAAUUUAUCUACUUUUUUUUUGACAAUUAUUUUUUAAUUAAUUCAAUAAAAAAUAAAAAUUGGCAAAAAAAAAUCCUCUUUUUUUAUUUAAAGACUGAGAAAUUAAUUACUAUUAUUGUAAGAAAAUAUUCUAAAUUGUAUGCAGAAGAAAUUUCCAGGAAAAAAUAUUUGAAUUUUCCGCUAUCAGUGUGUACCAAUUUUAAUUUUUAUAAUUCAAACAAUGUACCUUCUUUUUGAGCAAAGAUACAUUUAAGAUUUAUGCAUUUAGUAUUUGUACUAAAAAAAAAAAAACUGAAACAUCCCCUAAAGAAGUAACAAAUUCUCGAGAUUUUAAUUCUACAAUGAAAAUUUGAUUUUUAUAUUUAAUAAAAAAUCAAAUUCUACGAAAAAAUAAAUUAAUAAUAUAGAAUUGAAAUCUAGAGAACAAAUUGACUGAAUGCAAAGCAGCAGUUUUUUAGUUAAUUUAUUUUUUAAGUAUUAUAUGUAUUAAAGUUACGACGAAUAUUUUUCUCGAAAGGUGAAUCGAACAAAUGAUAUUGUUGCACACUCCAUAAUUAAAUUGUUUUGUUGAUCUUAGAGGAUCAUCGCUCACCCCCCUGAUAAUGAUGAUGUGAUGAUUAUUUUUAAUGAAAAAUAAAUAAAACUGAGGUGGUUGGCGUGAUAAUGAGACUUUAUCAGUCUUGCCAAAAUAAUAAUAAUAUUAAUAAUAUAAAUAGCGUCACUGCCUCGACGUACGAGUUUUUUGUUCUUUUUUUUUUUUUUUAUUUUUUUUUCCCAUGUAAACGCCGUACGUGGACUGAAAAAAAUCGUUUACUGAGAACGAAUAUUUUAUUAUGGGGGAGGGAAAUAAUUUUGAUCUCGAUUUUUUAAAAUUAAAUUUUGUGCGUACGAUAUGCUCGCAAGUCACAGUAUCACGCGGACUCGCCUUGAUUGUGUAACAACAGAUUGUGUGAAAUGUAAAUAGGAAGAUUACCAAUGAUGGUUUACGAGUUUAUUAAAAAAAAAAAAAAGAAAAAAAAAGAAAAACGAUGCGAGUUGUUAUACUUAACUUAACAGUAGGACCAACUAAGGCAGAAUUCAUUAUUCUAAGCGGUAACAUCGUUCGAGUGUAAUUUCUAAAUGUUUUAAUAAUAAAAUCCUUAAAAUCAUGUA